AAGCAAGAUCCUCAUCGACAACAAAGUUCAGACAUUUUCACCUCAAGGACGGACUACUCUAAUUAAGCUAAACCUGACUUCUUUACAACCAAUAUGACUUUCUUUAGUCGAUCACCAAAACACCAGCGUACUCACGAUGUUGGGGAUAUCUCUCAGUCAAUGGAAAACAUUUCAAUUUCCAGUAAUAACAUGAUGGAUAUAGAUACAAGCUAUAGAUCCAAUGUUGGUGCCACUCCUAAUAAUAAGUUCAACCAAUUCAACAAGGAAAAUAUCACUCCCUUGAAUUCACCUACUAAGUCAAUCUUACACAAUUCUCCCGACGGAGGAAGAUACUCUGCAGCCAACACUCCUUACAAGAGUUUCAAGCUAAACUACAAUCAGCCUAAUGCUCCAAUUGUCCAACAGCAACCACCACAACAGCAGCAACAACAGCAACAACAACAACAACAAGAUCCUAAUAUUCGGGCAAUUCAAGAUAACAUUAGUCAAUUACAACCAUCUCCACACACUAAAAGGUUCAAAUUAUCCGAUGAAGAAGUUCGUAAACGUAUUAACAACCCCAAAACAAAAAGAUUAGCAUCAGUGGCUCAAAUUUACUUUUUAGAUUAUUAUUGUGAUAUGUUUGAUUAUGUUAUUAGUCGAAGAGAGCGUACACAUUUGGUUGAACAGAAAUUACUUACUGAUGCAAAUUAUUCCAAUAGUCCUCAGAAACAACAAUUAGAAUGGAAGAAUUAUAUUGGUAGGGAAAGAGCUUUGUUGAGGAAAAGAAGAUUGAAACCUAAGCAUAAAGACUUUGAAAUGAUCACUCAGGUCGGUCAAGGUGGAUACGGACAAGUGUUUUUAGCCAGAAAGAAAGAUACCAGAGAAAUUUGUGCUCUUAAAAUCUUGAAUAAGAAGUUAUUGGUAAAGUUGGACGAAACAAGACACGUUCUUACUGAAAGAGAUAUUUUGACAAAUACCAGAAGUGAAUGGUUGGUUAAAUUAUUAUACGCUUUCCAAGAUCCUGAAAAGGUAUUCCUCGCUAUGGAGUUUGUACCUGGUGGUGAUUUCAGAACUUUAUUGAAUAAUACCGGAUAUUUGAUACCUCCUCAUGCAAGAUUCUAUAUCAGUGAAAUGUUUGCUGCUGUUAAUUCCUUGCAUGAAUUAGGGUUCACCCAUCGUGAUUUAAAGCCCGAAAAUUUCUUGAUUGACUCAAAGGGUCAUAUUAAAUUGACUGAUUUUGGAUUGGCUGCUGGUACUGUUUCAAAUGAUAGAAUUGAAUCCAUGAAAUUGAAAUUGCAAAAUUUGCAGGACUUAGAAACAUAUCAAUUACCUUCAAGAUUAAUGCUUGAACGUCAAAAGCUUUUCAAACAAAGUCAAGGACACCAUAACCUUGCUAACUCUAUAGUUGGUUCUCCGGACUAUAUGGCAUUGGAGGUUUUAGAAGGUAAAAGUUAUGAUUACACUAUUGAUUAUUGGUCAUUAGGAUGUAUGUUGUUUGAAGCUUUAUGCGGAUAUCCACCAUUUUCUGGUUCAAAGCAAGACGAAACUUAUUACAAUUUGAAACAUUGGAAGACUGCCUUGAGAAGACCGCAGACCAAGGAUGGUAGAUUUGUAUUUAGUGAUCGUACUUGGAGUUUAAUUACCAAAUUGAUUGCAGCACCAAACCAAAGAAUACGAAACUUUAAACAAAUUCAACAAAUGAGUUAUUUUGUUGAUAUUAAAGAUUGGGAUAAAUUAAGAGAACGUACUCCUCCAUUCACACCUCAAUUGGACAAUGAAGAAGAUGCCGGAUAUUUCGAUGAUUUUGAAGAUGAAGAAAUGAUGAUGAAAUAUAAAGACGUGUUUGCCAGACAAGAACAGAAUGAACAAUUGUUGGAAAAGAGUGGUGACAAUAAGAAGUUCCAACAAAAUAACUUCAUUGGGUUUACAUUCAAACAUAAGUUGAAUCCAAACAAUAAGUUUGGUAAUGGAGAGAUUAAUCUCUUGAACAUGGGCGCGGGAGCUCCUGGAAAUAACUCCAGAAGAUUAGAUCCUUUGGCCACCUUGUAUUAGUUUCAUAUAAAAAAAAAGACAAAAAAAAAGGUUAAUUUUAGGUUUGGUUUUUCAUUCGUUCUUGUAUUUGUAUAGUAAAUAAUACUUACUUCCAUAUAUAAUCUUGGUCGAUCUUCUCUUUCAAGUACUUCCGCUGGAGAGUAUGCAAUUCCUCAGCAUUACUGACACUUUCUGACAAUAAAUUGAACAAUUCCUCUUGAACAAAUUCACCCUGACUUUCCAAAAGUAAGAUCUUGUCAGCUUUACCUUCUUGAAUGUUAAAACAUACAACAUGAUGAGAAUCACUUUGGGAAAGUUCCUUUCCUGUAGGGUUCUGUAUCAACUUAUUUUCAGUUAUGCAGGACACAACUGAAGCAAAUGAAGAAUAUAAAGCGAUAUCAGCGUCAAUCAAGGCAAAAUAACAACAAUUUAUAGCAGCAUUCAAUUCAUUGGCAGUGAAUUUUGGAUCUUCAUCAGUGACUAAAAAUUGCACAACAAUCAGAAUCAAUUGACGAGGGUAUUUGUAUCUUAUAAUAAUGGAUUGUAACAAAGCUCGUAACUUAUCUUCCAAUAACUUUUCCCUAGUUGUCGACAACCCCUUUGCUGGUCUAAUUAUGAUUUCUAAACUUGCUUGAUUAGGUAAUUCUUGACGUUGUUUAGGUUCAAUAGGGCCGGACACGGACGCUAUCACUUUUGUAUUUCCUAUUAUUAACUCUGCCGAACCGUCUGAAUUGUCCAACACGGACAUUUGAACUUGAAAGGCCAUGCUUGCUGUUUGUUACCUGUGAUAUGGUCGAU